UCUCCCCCUCUCCCUCCCCACCCCCCCAACCGAGAGACGCCUGGGCCAAAAGAUAGCCUGCCACCCCUCCGUCCAGCAGAAGCGAGGCACUCUCCGAGGGAAGCAACUCGUUGGACGGAGUGAUCCACCCCGCUCCUGGGGCGGAGAGACCCCAGGGACCUAGAGGUUCUCGCCCCACCCCAACUCCCAGGGCUGAGAGACCCCAGACGAUUGGGCGAUCCCUCCGCUCCCAGGGCGAAGUCACACUGGGAACCUAGAGAGCCCCCUCUCCCGAGGUAGAGACGUCCUAGAAACUCAGCGAUCUCCACUUACGGGCGGAGCAGGCUCCAGAACUGAAAGAUUCCCCACGACCUCCAGAGCGCCAAGUUCCAGAGGACUGGGAGAUUCCCGCCCCCCUCAUAGAGCGCCGAGACGCACCCUAGGGGCCUCAACACUCCUCAAAGCGGAGAGCCAGAGACUUCGCUCUCUCGCUCCCACCCCCUCCCCUCUCCAGAUCGCCGAGAGCUGGGGGGGCUGCGAGACUCCCCUGGAACUAAGAGACAGAUCCCCCACUUUCUCUCCACCCCCGGAACUAGGAGGCAAGACUCUCCACCCCUAAUCCUCCUCUAUCCCCUCCCGCCCAGUCCCAGAUCGUGAGGGGGCGGUGAGAACGGACAGCAGAAGCCCCCUCACACCUGAGACCACCCCCAGCCUCAGAGCAGAGAGCUCUCCCAAGACCACUUCGUCUCGUGUUGACCGAGACAGAGCUCUCGCAGGCGACGAAGGCUAUCGGACCUGGAGAGACUCCUCACUCAGAAGAGGUAACCCCCCUUUCUUGGCUACGGGAAGGUCUGGUGGGAAUUGGAUGCUCUUUGGUCUCACCUAGUGCCAGCCCAGACUAUAUCUUUCUCAAUCCUCAGAAUCACCUGCUGUAUCACCUUGGACAAAGAGUGAGAUCCUAGUCAGGAACAACAAGGUGUGUGACCAGUGUCAUCAGCCAUGGCCCCCUUUCUACGCAUCUCCUUCAACUCCUAUGAGCUUGGAUCCCUCCAGUCUCCUGAGGAAAACUGUCAACCGUUCUGUGCUGUCAAAAUGAAAGAAUCACUGACCACAGAGAGAGGGAAGACACUGGUCCAGAAGAAGCCCACCAUGUACCCAGAUUGGGCAUCAACGUUUGAUGCCCACAUCUACGAGGGACGGGUCAUCCAGAUCGUCUUGAUGAAGGCAGCUGAGGAACCCCUGUCGGAGGUGACCGUGGGCGUGUCUGUGCUGGCCGAGAGAUGCAAGAAGAACAGCGGCAAAGCCGAAUUCUGGCUGGACCUGCAACCUCAGGCCAAGGUCCUCAUGUCUGUCCAGUAUUUCCUGGAAGACGCAGAUUGCAAGCAGUCCAUGAAGACGGAGGAGGAGAGCAAAUUCCCCACCAUGAACCGGCGGGGGGCCAUCAAGCAGGCCAAGAUCCACUAUAUCAAGAACCACGAGUUCAUCGCCACCUUCUUCGGCCAGCCCACCUUCUGCUCCGUCUGCAAGGAAUUUGUUUGGGGCCUUAACAAGCAAGGCUACAAAUGCAGACAAUGUAAUGCGGCGAUUCACAAGAAAUGCAUCGACAAGAUCAUCGGUCGGUGCACGGGCACAGCGGCCAAUAGCAGGGAUACCAUGUUCCAGAAGGAGCGCUUCAAGAUAGACAUGCCACAUCGCUUCAAGGUGUACAACUACAUGAGCCCCACCUUCUGUGACCACUGUGGGAGCCUGCUCUGGGGACUGGUGAAGCAGGGCUUAAAGUGUGAAGACUGUGGGAUGAACGUGCAUCAUAAGUGUCAGAACAAAGUGGCAAAUUUAUGCGGCAUCAACCAGAAGCUUUUAGCUGAAGCAUUGAACCAAGUCAGCCUGAAAUCUUCCCGGAAGUCAGACACAGGGUCUACGGAAAACUUUGGCAUCUACCAGGGCUUUGAGAAGAAAGCAGUUCCCCCUGGGGAAGAUUCAGCAGAUAACGGGACCUAUGGGAAGAUCUGGGAAGGCAGAUCUUCCAAGUUCAACAUCAACAACUUCACAUUCCACAAAGUCCUGGGCAAGGGCAGCUUUGGGAAGGUGCUGCUGGCUGAGCUGAAGGGAAAGGGCGAGUUCUUUGCCGUGAAGGCUCUGAAGAAAGAUGUCGUUCUGAUAGACGAUGAUGUGGAGUGCACCAUGGUGGAGAAGCGAGUGCUGGCACUCGCCUGGGAGAACCCAUUCCUGACGCACCUUUACUGUACUUUCCAAACCAAGGAACACCUGUUCUUUGUGAUGGAAUUCCUCAAUGGAGGUGACCUGAUGUUUCACAUCCAGGAUAAGGGACGCUUUGACCUGUACCGAGCCACGUUUUACAGUGCUGAGAUCCUGUGUGGUUUACAGUUCCUGCACAGCAAAGGCAUCAUUUAUAGGGACCUCAAACUGGACAAUGUGAUGCUGGAUAAAGACGGCCACAUCAAGAUCGCUGAUUUUGGGAUGUGCAAGGAGAAUGUGGUGGGGGAGAACAGGGCCACCACAUUCUGUGGUACACCAGACUACAUUGCCCCCGAGAUCCUGCAGGGCUUGAAGUAUACAUUCUCAGUGGACUGGUGGUCCUUCGGCGUCCUCCUGUACGAGAUGCUCAUUGGGCAAUCCCCCUUCCAUGGGGAUGAUGAGGAUGAGCUCUUUGAGUCCAUCCGUGUGGACACACCCCACUACCCACGAUGGAUCACCAAGGAAUCAAAAGACAUCCUGGAGAAGUUGUUUGAAAGGGAUCCCAUUAAGAGACUGGGGGUGACAGGUAACAUCAAAGUCCAUCCGUUCUUCAAGACUAUCAACUGGACUCUCCUGGAGAAGCGGGAAGUGGACCCACCAUUCAAGCCCAAAGUGAAGUCAGCCGGUGACUACAACAAUUUUGACCGAGAGUUCCUAAGCGAGAAGGCCCGCCUCUCCUUCAGUGACAAGAACCUCAUCGAUUCCAUGGACCAGUCAGCCUUUGCCGGCUUCUCCUUUGUCAAUCCCAAAUUUGAGCGGCUCCUGGAGAAAUGAGUGUUCUGUUGAACCCUCUGCCCCCUUGGUCAAAAGCCCACCAGUGCUAGCUAGCUAUGUGUACCAGUCCCCCAGGGUGAAUAGGGCUAGGAUCUCUCCUGACCGCCUCUCAGCCCUGUCCUGGACCCCCAUAAUAUGCAACAGUGUGAUUGUAACUAUUUCUCUGGCUGCCUCCGUGCCCAUAGGCAGCAGAGCUUUUGCAUGGUUGGGGUUUUAGGUACCUUCCUCUGUGAAUCAUGUGUGAAUUUUCUACUCCUCUGGUUGAGGAGGGAGAUUGUAAAUCCCAUGUUUUGUUACUUGAAUGUAGUUAUCUAUUGAAAAUAUAUAUUAUAUAUAAAUAUAUAUAUAUGAAAAGCUGUAUAUAUUGCUCCAUAGAGAAGAAACCUGUAAGGGAACUGGUGAUGUGUUAACUUUUUUAUAAAAACACACAAACAAAAUCCAAACAUAAACCAUGAGACCUCUUGGUUCUUUUAUUUAAUGUCUCCAAUAAAACAAUGGAAUGGUC